AUCAAUUCAAAAUGAACAACUCCACUCAGGACUGCUCUGAUAGCCUUCAAUAUUCGUCCUUGUUUAUCGUACUUGCGUCUGUAAGUACCGUUUCUGGUGCAAUUUGUGUCUUUGGAAACUCUAUAGUUUUAUGGACGAUUUAUARGACAAAACGACUUCGCUGCGUGUCAUAUUAUCUCAUUGCUUCCCUUGCACUGGCAGAUGACAUGGUGGGCAUUGUUCUUAACCCAAUGUUAACAGUUAGGAUUAUACUUUAUAGCUAUUUACAGUACAGUAUCGAUUUGCCAAAAACCCUAGACAUCGCGGAGGAUUUUCUCUGGAUUCAAGGACUACUUGUAUCAACUUUUAGUCUCGCUGCAAUCAGUAUUGAUCGACUUGUAGCCAUUAGGAAAAGUCUUCAUUACAAAGCCAUYAUGACAACAGAACGAUGUCGAAUCAUGAUGAUAUUCACAUGGACCRCACCGACGUUCAUCGCCUGUUUUCGCAUUUUUUUAMAGUCUGAGGAUCACAAAUGGCUUUGGUUAUCGACAAUAAUACUAGCUGUCUGUUUUCCUCUCAGUAUAACUACUGUCAGUCACUUGAAGAUAUUCAGAUCAGCUCAAAAGCAAGCCAGACGACAUGAUGCAGAAAAUAUCAAAAAUACUAAAGCAGCUAGUACAAUGGCGAUAAUAAUUGGUGUGUUUAGCGUCACGUAUUUCCCUUGUAUUGUUAUCGCUUGCAUCCAUGCAUUCAAAAAGAUGAAUCAUUGUGAUUUGCUAAGACUUCGUACUACAGCCUGGCCAUGGGCAUCGUGUAUUGCMUAUGCAAGCAGUGCAGURAAUCCUUGGAUAUAUUCCAUGCGAAUAAGCGCUUUCAGACACGCAAGCAAGAAAGCCUUYGGCCGRGACUCAAAAAGAAACGAAUUUGGACUCAAAUGACUUUUAACUUUUCUGUCUUUGUCUUGUCUGUGAUUACCCCCAGUUCAAAAUGAAUUSAAAAAUCUUUUCUAUARCCAGUCCCCUUAAAAAUAUUUCUCUUUUUUGAUUUAAUAAAAAUAAAGAUCACAAUGAAUAAAUGUAUUCAAAAAGARCAGUUUGAUUAUA